GAUUCUAAUGGAUUUCUAUUUCAUAAGCCUGUUGAAGUUAUGCUCGACACUGGGUGCUCAACUAUAAUAGUUAAAGACUCUUUGGUUAAUUCUAAAUAUAAAUUAGGUAAAAUGGUAAAGGUUUAUGAUUAUUUGGGUAGACCAAAUUAUUUUCCUAAAAUCAGGUGUUUCAUAAAGAGCAAGUUCUUUACUGGAUGGGCAAACGCUAUAGCUGCACCGAUAAAAUUUGCAGAAGUGCUAAUAGGAUGUGUUCCAGGUGUGAAGAUCCCGAACCAAUCCUGUCCUGAAGACCCAAGUCCUGCUACUUCCGAUGUGGCUACCUUAACAUCCUGCGUUAGUCCUGACCCCUGUAAACCCCCUGAAGAUCCUGACCUCUGUGACCUACCUAAGCCACCUUCCUGUGACCUAACCAAUUUCCCUGACAAGCCUACAUUUCCCUUUUACACUGGAAGUAAGCAGCCUUUUUGUUGUGCAUGUGAUACCUGGGGACCUAAAACCAAGAACUGCAGUGCUUAUGCGUUACGCCCCUUCUUUAUCAAGCAGUAUUUCAAGUGCUUGUCUUCCAUGUGAUUGUUGUUAACCAAAC